CUGCCGUCGUCAUUUUCUCCUUUUCCCCCCCUCUCUGCCGCCGAUCUCGUGUCCUGCCGUUGUCCAUGCGCUGGCGCUGGCGGUGCUGCUGUGCUUCGUCCCCUCUCUCUCCGGCCGGUCACCGGCAAGCUAGCUAAGAGCCCCCCAUUAAUGCCCGACCCACCCACCCACCUCCCCCUGCCCUAUAUCACUGACCCACCUCCCUCCACCUCGCUUCUCACUCACACUCACACUCCACUGGCGCGCCUAGUCUAGCAAGCAGCAGCAGCAGAGAUGGGCGUGGAGGAGAACGGCAGCAGCCCCAGCCCCGCCGACGCGGCGGCGGCGGUGACCGUGACCGGAGCGCGCACCGUGGCGCCGGCCAAGAACCGGUGCACGCUGGCCACCUUCGACCUGCCCUACAUCACCUUCUACUACAACCAGAAGCUGCUCCUGUACCGCACCACCGCCGCGCCGGACUUCCUCCCGUUCCCGGACGCCGUGGCGCGCAUGACGGCCGCGCUCGCCGACGCGCUCCGCGUCUUCUACCCGCUCGCCGGCCGCAUCGUCGUCCAGCGGGAGGAGGACGACGACGGCGGCGGCGGCGCGGGCCCGGGCGCGCUCGCCGUGGAGGGCGACGACGGCGCCGAGGUCUUCGAGGCCGAGGCCCUGGGCGUCGCCGUCGACGACCUCGCCGGUGGGGACUGCACCGACGAGGCGGAGAAGGUCAUGCAGCAACUCGUGCCCUACACUGGCGUCAUGAACCUCGAGGGCCUCCGCCGCCCGCUGCUCGCCGUCCAGUUCACGAAGCUCAAGGACGGUCUGGCGGUGGGGUGCGCCUUCAACCACGCGGUGCUAGACGGCACGUCCACGUGGCACUUCAUGUCGUCCUGGGCCGAGCUCUGCCGCGGCGCCCCCCUGUCUCUCCAGCCCAUCCACGACCGCUCCCUGGCCCGGUCCGUCCGCGUGCGCCUUGACCUGCCGGCGUCCGCGGAGGCCCACGAGAAGACGGACCCGAACGGGCCCAAGAAGCCGCUGGUGGCGCGCGUCUUCUCCUUCCCGGAGCGCACCGUGGCGCGCAUCAAGGCCGCCGCCAACGCGGCGCUCCCGCCGGCCGCUGGCGGCAGCGCCAAGCCGUUCUCCACGUUCCAGGCCCUGGGCGCGCACAUCUGGCGCGCCGUCUCCCGCGCCCGCGGCCUGGGCCCCGCCGACAUCACCGCGUUCGCCGUCUUCGCCGACUGCCGCGCCCGCCUCGACCCGCCGCUGCCGCCGGCCUACUUCGGCAACCUCAUCCAGGCGGUGUUCACGGGCGUGCCGGCCGGGAUGCUCCUGGGCGGUCCCCCCGAGCUGGCCGCGGGCCUGCUGCAGAAGGCCAUCGGCGAGCACGACGCCGCCGCGGUCACCAGGAGGCUGGAGGAGUACGAGGCGGCGCCCAAGCUGUUCCACUACAGCGACGCUGGCCCCAACUGCGUCGCCGUCGGCAGCUCGCCGAGGUUCAAGGUCUACGACGUCGACUUCGGGUUCGGGCGGCCCGAGCGCGUCCGCAGCGGCGGGAACAACAAGUUCGACGGCAUGGUGUACCUGUACCCCGGCCGUGGUGGCGACGGCGGCAUCGACGUCGAGCUCGCGCUGCAGCCGGAGCCCAUGCAGAGGCUGGAGAAGGACGACGACUUCUUCCUCCGCCAGGCAGCAGCCUAGCUGAUCACACAUUCCAAUUCGACUCGUCGAUCGUGCGUGAUUUGGGAUGCUAUACGAGGGAUUCGUUGCCGGCUGCUGCUGCUGCUGCUCUCUGUCAGUGUUCACCCAUCCAGUUCGUUGAUCGUGCUUUUUAUUUUAUUUAGUAUUUGUGUUGCUUGCUAUAUACUGUACUGUUUUACUUAGUUCCUUGAUUGUAUGAUGAGCUAGGCGUACGUGUUGGAUUAUACUGUAUUUGCUGGACUGGAGCUGAAUAAGGAUGGAUCAGACUUUGUUUAGUUUGUGCAAGCUCAUGAGCGCGAUCGAUCGAGCAUUGUCAGUGGUUGUUGUAAUGCAGUAUUGUAAUCUUUGUUAUUAUGUACGUCCACUUGUACCAUACCACUGGAAUCAAUCAAUCAAUGCAAGAAUCUACGUGUACCACCAA